UCUACCCUCACUACACCGCCGUCUCCCUUUCUUCCGCCAAAUCAAACAAACCUCUCACACAAACACAAGUCUCGCAUGAAAAAAACCCACUCCACUCCCUCCCCGCCAUCUCUCAGCUGAUGCGAUAACCCAUACAUACACGUUGCAGUGUCCCAGCGAAUACUUCCCCAUCGUAUUAUGCUCAGUAUUGUCAGUGAAGUACAGUAUUAACGUGGUGAAACAACGAAAACGUCACCAGUGAAUGGUGACCAUUGAUAUUCACCCAUUUCCAUUGAUUUUUUUUGCCCCUUGGAGACCGUUUAAUUAUCGCGAGUUCAUGGUGUAAUUGUGCCUGUGCUUGUGCUGUGCUGUGACGAGAAUUAUUUGGGGACUUUCACUCGGUGCAGGCGAGUGAGAACAAAGCUUCCACGGUUUUCAUUCUUUUUUUUUCAUUUUUUUUCUGGGGGGGGGUUUGAAGGGCUGGAGGUGCUGAUUUUGAGGGCAAUUGGGGAUUAAUUGGUGGACACUGGGCAUGGUAUACCUGAGGGGCUCUUGGGGCAUGGGAGAGACUGAUCCACAGUGUCUGAGUUCCAAUACGCCAGUCUCUUCCACCUCGUCAACUUCAAGUGUUGGAUAUCUUCAGGAGUAUGAUGAAGAAGUUGCUUUACAUCCACUUAAUAACCAGGUUGGAGGACACACGAGACUGUUGCUGCUCAAUCAAAGCACUAUUUGUAAACCUUUAAAUCGUCGGGAACUCGAUUUUUACCUAAACAUUCCUCAGGAUAUACAAAUGUUCGUUCCAAAGUUCAAAGGUGUUAUCUCAGCGUCAAGUAGUGGUGGCGAGGUAGAUAAACGUUACAGUCCAAGUUUCCGUGACCCUGACACACCAACCCACCAGCCUCAGACGCCAGCGAAAUCCUCAGCAAAGCGUAAACGCGACGAUGUUCUCAGGAUGAAAAUUCAUAGAAAAAAUAGUACGACUGACGUACUCAAGCCGGGAAAUCAUCUGGAGCCAAGUGCAUCGAAUAAACAAUAUUUUUUAUUACUGGAGAAUAUUACAUCACGGUACACUCACCCGUGCAUACUGGACCUGAAGAUGGGCACGAGGCAGCACGGAGAUGACGCAUCAGCGGAAAAACGCAGUAAGCAGAUUGCUAAGUGUGCAGCCAGCACCUCGGCAUCACUGGGUGUCAGAUUAUGUGGAAUGCAGGUUUAUCAAGCAGACUCUGACCUCUACGUCAAACGUGACAAAUACUGGGGGCGUGAGCUCAACGAGGAGGGCUUCAAGAACGCGCUGUACCGUUUCUUCCACAAUGGCUACUGCCUCCGGACCCCCGUCAUCCAGCGAGUGAUCUCCCGCCUGGAGGCCCUCCGCCGAGGCAUCGAACGCCAGAGCAGCUAUCGCUUCUACUCCUGCUCCCUCCUAGUUGUCUACGACGGCUACCAGAUGUCGGACUACAAGACACGUUCGCGAAGUCCUCUGACAACCCUCGGUGUCGAGGAGGAGUCCAACGAGUCCAACAGUUUCAUGGACAAUCACCAAAGCAGUUCAAACUCGUACCUGGAGGACAAUCAGUUGCGAUUGUCCAAUGAUUUUCACUCGGUCCAUGAAGAUGUCAAUCCCUCGACACUUCAUCGUGCCUUUGGUGAGGCAGCAGCGAGAGGGGCUAAACAUGCCACUGGAUUCUAUCCCAUUAGCGAAGAAACUGUCUUCAUGGAUCCACCUUCGGAUCUUCUCAAUGCAACUGUUGUACCUUCUCAAACUUAUGAGAACUGGAUCGGAUCGUAUAGCAAUACUGGCAGCAAUACUUCAGGUAAUGUCUCCUCAUCGUCAUCGUCAUCAUCCAGUGGAUCUGGUGACGAAUACUGCUGCGUUGGACAGCACACAAUAACAAACUCCGACGAUUUAUCAUCGGAUCUGGACAUUGGUGGUAAAUGCACGUUAAAGCGCACCCGGAAUAGAGGAAGACUCAGGUAUUGCGAGGACGAGGACAGCAAGGACGACCUCAAGAGCUCGAACAAGAGGCCCAGGGUCAAGGGGGAUGCCAAGGUCGAUCUGCAGGAGGAUCCCACUGUCGAUGUGAGAAUCAUUGACUUUGCUCAUACAACUUUUGGACAUAAUGUGGGGGGAGGGGGGAGUAAAGUGCAUCAGGGACCUGAUUGUGGGUUUUUGACUGGGUUGGACAGUCUCAGGAGACUGCUGGGGGAAAUUCUCGCCGAGNGGGGGGGGGGGGGGGAGAAAGAGAGAGAGAGAGAGAGUGCGAGGGAGAAGAUUCUUGGAUCGAGGAAUUUUGGGAGCUCUUGGUCAUUGUGA